CAUGAAUCUACUGGGGGAAUCUAUCAUUGAAGUUAAGCCUUAAAUCUCAUUGCUUAAAUUUUGUACAACAAAGGGUGAAAAGUGUUGGUUGCCUCUGUGAGUCCUAAUAGCUCACAGGUUUGUACGGGAUAAGAAGAACCAGUAUUCUGAAAUUUUGCUGUCUGCUCUGCAUCACAGCCAACUGGCUUUUGUUGCCUUUUUCCAACUUGGAAAAAUGCACGGUAUUCAGUCCGAGUUGCUGCUGCCUGGAUUCACAAGAAAGAGCGAGGGAGAGCAGAGGUGAGAGGGAUGCAGUGCAUAUCUGUCGGUAAUAAACAAGAGAAGAAUGACCGUGAAAAUACAACUUAAAAUCUGCUUCCAGCUCCUUUUGUGCCUUUGGUCUGAACAAAUGGUGCAGGAUGUGGCAGCAGGCAUAAAUCCAACUUCUCAAAUGACUGGCUCAUCCACCUCUGAUGCAAACCUGAUGUUUGAGUUUUUGCUGGGCGGGGUAGAGCUCGACCAGGACAACAACAUCGUCCUGCUUGACAAGGAGAUGGCAUCGAUGAGGCAGGGGCGGGCGUUCAUGUCUAAGAUCAACGACGACAUUCCCAAAAGUCUGAGCUCCAUGGUGCAGAUGGUGACCGCACUGGAGGGGCAGAGGAGGAGGCCGCUGGCUCAAACAGAGUUUGAGAGUCUCAUCCUGAGCAUGGUGUACUCUGCCCACCAGGCCUGGCAUCAGGAGAGAAAAGAGGAACAGGAGGCCUGGGGUGGGGUGCUCCUCCGGCUGGCCAAUGUUACUGUCCAUGAACUACGUGGAAAUUAUCUUUUCAGUUAUUAAUAAUACACCUACUGCCAGUCUGU